AGAUCCUGAAAGAAUUGGAUGACUACUAUGAGAAGUUCAAGCGUGAGACGGACGGCACCCAGAAGAGGCGGGUGCUGCACUGCAUCCAGAGGGCCCUGAUCCGAAGCCAGGAGCUGGGUGAUGAGAAGAUCCAGAUUGUAAGUCAGAUGGUGGAACUGGUGGAGAACCGAACCAGGCAGGUGGACAGUCAUGUCGAGCUCUUCGAAGCACACCAGGACAUCAGUGACAGCACCGGCAGCAGCGAUGAGUGCCCCAUCGAGUGGUUCCACUUUUCUUGUGUGGGACUCAACCAUAAACCAAAGGGCAAGUGGUACUGCCCCAAAUGUCGGGGGAAGAACGAGAAAACAAUGGACAAAGCCCUGGAAAAGUCCAAGAAAGAAAGGGCUUACAACAGGUAGUUUGUGGACAUUCACACGAGAGAACAGAACCCGCCAGUGUAUUUAUGGUGUCGCUGCCUUUUCAGAAGUCUGAGGAUGGUCAGAUUUGUAUUUUUUAGAGAAUGUUAGGAACAGAUCCUCUCCAUGGGAUGGCAGAAACAGCCUGUGUCGUCAUGGUGUACCUGUAACCAGACUGAGUCUGCAGAUCGGCAUUUUAGAAACUACAAAUAUAGGUUCGGAUUAAACAUGUCAGCAAGUGUCAGACUGGUUUUUGGGGUUGGGGAGUGACUUGGAAGUAACCUAACAGAUGUAUAAAGAAGAGAUUUGAUUUGGCUGUUUUAACAAAAAUGUUAUGGUUUACAAAAAAAAAUUAGCCAGGUUGCUGAAGUACAGCAAGUGUGCUUCUUGCUACCAUAAUGUAAAUCCACAUGACAAGUUGGUCAAAGGUUUAAAGUCUAAAUAUUAUUUUUUAAAAUGGUAAAUGGGUAAUUUUACAUGACAUAUUUUAUACAUGGCCUAUUCACCAACUGGCCAUUUUUAAUGACUGGGUACAUUUUUAAUAGGUCAGACACAAGUGGUCCAGGCAGUGGGUCCAAGUCUUGCCUUUGCUACCCUAGGUCAUAGUGUAGCCACCUUUAACUUAUAUGAAGUGUAUAAAUGUACAUUUCCCAGCCACCUUGCUCCUGCUGUAUUAUAACCAGAAGUGCAGCCUGGUGCUGUUGUGAAGCCAAGGUGUGCGUCCUGCUGUGUGUGUGAGCUGUAUAGAUGUCACGUCAAGAAAUAAAUGAAACUUGGCCAGUCUGUUUCUUUAGCAUUUAAUUUUAACAUGAAUCAUUUUAAAUUUUUUGUCUUAAAAAUUUAUACACCAGCAGUUUAGACAAAGCCUUAAGCAAAUUGUAUAUUAUUGAUCUCACGUAAUAAGGAAGUAUACAUUACAUCCAUGCCAGCAAAUAAAUGUCACAAACUAUUUAGAGCAGAGGUUAGGAAAUGACUGUGUACUUGAGACCCAGCCCCACCAUCUGUUCUGUGUGGCCUGUGAGCUAAGAAUGGUCUCUGUGUUUCUCAGUGGUUUCAAAAAUCACAUUUCAUGAUACAUGAAAGUCCUAUGAAAUUCAGAUUUGAGUGUCUAUAAAUAAAAACUCAUUGGAACACA